CCACAGGUGUCCCAGCUACGGACACAAUAAAGAUGGCGGCGUCAAGACGGUAAAGGCUGCGUUGUUCAGAUGGAAGGGAUUAGCUUUUGCUUAGUGGCGCUUGUGCCUUGAAACUGAACAAAACGCUGCCGUUAAUUUACCACUUGAAAGCUCAGUCCACAAUAUCAUGGAUUCCUGCGAGCAGGAGAUACAGAACUUGGUUUCACAAUGCGAGAAGGCCCUAUAUAGUCUAUAUAAUGACACAGACCAAGCCAACAGGAGCAGCGCACAUACUUGGUUAUUAGCAACACAGAAAUCACAGGUGGCAUGGCAACUGUGCUGGCAUCUGCUUCAGAAAGACAAGUCCCAGGAAGUGCAGUUCUUUGGAGCAUCAAUGUUACAUUUUAAGAUCUCUAGAAACUGGUCUGAACUGAUAGAAGAACACUAUGGCGCCCUCCGCACAGAGAUCUUGAACCAUAUCCUGCUCUUUGCAAGAGGGCCAAAGAUCGUCUCCACCAGGCUUUGUGUUGCUCUUGGGGCAUUUGCCUUGCAAAUGAUGCCUGAACAUUGGACCAAUGCUGUUAGUGAUAUCAUCAGUUCAUUGCAAAAUGUAGCAGAAACACAAGACAAUGCCAUGUAUAAUGUUCUACUGGAAGUUCUCACAGUUCUUCCUGAGGAGUUCAUGUCAGCACAACUGAAUGCCACCCGAAAAAUGGAACUAAGAGGGGAGCUACAAACGGCAAUGAAGCAAGUAUUAAAGAUUACGGAGAAAGGAGUUUCUUCACAUUCAACACCCCAUAAUAGGUUACAGACACUGCGCUGCCUUUGUAGCUGGAUACAGUUUGGUUGUUCCAUAGCUGACGUAGUGAACCACCUCCCAAGUGUGUUUGAGGCUCUUUCUAACCCAGAGUUGUUUGAUUGUGCAGUGGAUUUGCUGGUGGAUGUGGUUACACACCCAACAAGCCACAGAUAUCCUAGCUAUUUAUGGAACUUUAUAUCUAGCCUAGUGCAGUACCACUCAACUCUGCAUGAAGCACUACAAAGUGGAGAUAUGGACACUGCCUCUGGUCUUUGUCGAGUUGUCACAAGUGUUGUUGAGACCCACACUAACUUAUUGUUGGAGCCUGAUACAGAAGAGAGACAACAGCUGGCCAUGCAAGUAGUGCAGAUUACUUUGGAAUGCACCAAUGCGCCUGGCUGGUACCCCGUGGAUGAUCAGUGCAGUGAGAUGACCUUCAGCUUUUGGUACACCCUGCAGGAUGAAAUCUGCAGUAAGGAUCCAGAACCCAUGAUGCAGCUACGCGCAGCCUACAUGCCUGUCUUCUCUACCUUAACUCAAGUAUUCCUCAGAAAAGUACAGUACCCCCCAGAGACAGAAUGGGCUCAGUUCUCUUCAGAUGAGAAAGACCAGUUCCGAUACUACAGACAAGAUGUUGCAGAUACUAUGAUGUACAUUUAUUGUAUUAUGCGGGACCACCUUCUUCACCAGCUUUACUCUACACUGUACUCGCUACUUACAAAUGAAACGCCAUCCUCCUGGCAGUCAGUGGAAGCGACACUCUACUUGGUACAGUCCAUCUCUGAGAAUGUGGAACCGGAAGAGGAGUCCUACAUGCCAGCCAUCUUUAGCUUGCUAUCCCAACUACCGCCGCAAGCAGACAUAUCCCAAACGGCUCUGCUUAUGGUUGGUUCAUACUCUGAAUGGCUCAAGUGUCAUCCGGAUCAGCUACGGACGGUACUUCCGGUUCUGCUCGGCGGUCUCUCACAAGCAGACCUAGCUUCCGCUUCGACCCAGGCCCUGCGCGGUAUUUGUGAGGAGUGCGUCCAGGACCUGGACACAGACGUACAACAGACUAUCCUGACGCACUGCCAGGCAGCUCUUGCGGGAAAAGUAAUAAAGGAGAGGGAGCGGAUAAGGUGUAUGGAGUGCAUCGGUUACACGCUCUCUUAUAACCCUCUCGACAGGCUUGUGGAGAGAUUGCAGUCCUCGGUGGGUCCCUAUGUCCACCUUCUGGCUCAGGUAGUGACGCAACAGCCUUCACAAGACUCAAAGCAAAGGCUUCAGUUCUACCUGAAGAUGUUCGCUGUACUGUUCAAAUGCCUGGAUCCUGAGAUCAAGCCUUCUGAAGUACACCCGUCGGCUGUUGUCUUGAAGGAAAUUAUGCCAUCUCUAAAGUCCCUGCAGCCGUGGAUCGGUGAUAAUGAUGUCAUACAGGAUCUGUGCCUCUGUCUGGAGCGCGCGAUCGACACCAUUAGGGACCACAUGGACGAACUCGUAGCGAUCGUUGGUGAGAUCUUUGUGCUGUUCUUCACCGACUCAUCCAGCCCCGCCCUUCUGGAUUCUGCUGCCAUGUUCGUCGGCAUGUACGGUUGUGAAGAAAAGCACUUUGGUACGGUCGCCGAGGUGUUCCAAAAGCUUAUCUCACACUCGCUAUGUCUGCUACAAACCAGUGUGAGAGACCAUGGCGAUAUCCUACAGAAUUUCAUGCAGCUAGUGAUGAGAGGGCUCAAGGCGAAUGCAAAAAUGGUGUUUAAUUGUGAAGAUAUGGCGAUCCAGAUCGUUCAAUGUGGUUUGACAGCAAUCGAGCUACCAGAGACAUACGCAGUUAGGGCAGCAUGCCGUUUCUGGGUGGAGUUCGUCAAUACAUGUGAGGCGUCAGACUUCACCAGGCGCACGCUCGACGCUUACGGACAGCACCUCGUGGACCGAGUUAUCAAGGGUAUAGGUGGCGGGGUGCCGCGACCGUGUGCAGAGCUCCUUGCUGAGAUACUGGUAGCUCUCAACAAGCAUUGCAAAGACUCCAUAGCUAGGUGGAUGCAGCCCUUUAUCGCCGUCGAGGGCUUUCCUUCGACUCUAGUAAAUACUCAACAAAAACAGAAUUUCUACAGCUCCGUGAUGAGGGGUCAUAGCAACAAAAAGCGAGUGAAGGACGCCGUCAAAGAGUUCUCACUAUUGUGUCGAGGGCUCUAUGGGACCGAGUACGCGGCUGCGUAUAGCUGACACGAGACAGGCUUCGCGGAAUCUUUAAACUGAAUACACCCCACCCACCUCUAUCCGUUAAUUGUUAUAGCUCGACAGGGGCUCUUUUUACACAUCUGGGUGUCUCACCCUGUUGCCUCACUAUUUUCAUCGCGUUCAACGUGUUCGAGGACAGUCUUUGUGGCGCCCCUAAAUGACUCUGCGUGCGUGACUUUCGCGGCUGAAGAACGAAAGCGCUGGGCCCUUGAUUAUACGCUUUCAGUGGCGCUAUAGUUUGAAAAUAUAUAAAAGAUGGAAAGAUUGAACAAAGAACACACAAAGAAAUGUAUACACAGUAGUUUUUUUUAUUGUUUUUUUUUCCUCUCCCCCUUCGGAAAGCCUGUCCCUAAAACGUGUGUAACGUGCAUAAAACGUCUAUACUAUCUACCUUCCCCCGGAGAUGAUCACUUAUCAGAAAUCGCUAAUAACAUUGUAAAGUAUAUAUGAGGUUUAUAACAAUAAGAGGAUGUUAUAAAAAGCCAUGUAUUGUAAGGAGGAUCCAUGACAUAUUAAUGGCUGUGUAAAAAAUAAAGGGUCAUCUCCUAGAAUUUUUAGAAAACAUUUUUAAUUUAGUUAUAAUAGAGAUAUUUUGCAUUAAUGAUUAUUUAUAGACUUAUGUUCUGAACAUUUUGACAAAUUUAUUUUUUAGGCGCGGUGUGAAAAUAAAGAAUUUCUAGUUCCAAUAAGUCUACGGGAUUGUUUGAGCAAAACCGCGAAAUGAUGUCGAUGAGGUUGCCGGAAUUAAUCUUGUUGAAAGGGGAACGGUAUCCAAAUGAGAAAAUUAGUAUUUCCCAUGAUAACUAUUAACCGCUUUUGUUAAUAAUAAUCAGUGUAAUAUAUAAUAGAUUUAGAUCACCACGAAUGUAAAAAUAAAAUACUUCAAAUUGAUAAAAUUGAUAACAAGAAACGUUUGAUCUCCCUUA